AUGGGCGGGAAAGCUCGGUGGAGGAAGCUGCAGCGCGUGGUGGGAUGCUUGCCACAAGGCCCCCACGCGUCUGUCGACAAGCCCCGGCAGCGACGGGAGAGGGCACGCACCAGGGACGCCAAGAGGAGGAGGCUGGGCGAGGAUGGGGAGGAGAAUGCAGACACCAUACUGAUCGGAAGCAAAAAGGAAAUAAAAAAGGAGGAUGAGGAGCAUAAAGCGUGUGAGAAUAAGAACGAGAAUGAUAAAGAAGCAGAUAAGCCACACCUUGAACAAGAAAAGGAGCUUGAAGAUAAGAUCAAGACGGAGAUCAAUGAUACGGAUAAUAGCUCCUACAGUGAGAAAAAGGUCCAAGAGGCAAUGGAACAGCGGGCAGGGGUGUGGACGGCUUCCCCUAACGGAUGGGUCUUUCGGCCCCUGAGCGACACCACUUUGGAAGAAGAACUGAGAAAGGCCCAGGAGGAAGAGGACGAAAAUGGGAAGAGGGAUCGAAUACACGAGAACGGACAGCGAGUCGCUAAGUUCUUCCUAUCAGACGAUGAGAGUGACAGCGACACGGCGAUUUUCAUAGAUGCCUACCAACCCGUGGCUCCUGAAGACAAGGACUCUCAAUCGUCUGAGGCACCCGUCACAUCUCCGUGCCACAGUGAGGCGCUGCAGCGUGAUGGCCUCUUAGAGAAUUCCUCGGGGUUCCUCGUGCAAUCCCAAGUGCAAGUCCCUCUAGAGGCCGAGGACGUAGAGCUGGUAUUGGCAGAUGCGAUCGAAGAAGAUGAAAUCUCAGAGACCGUGGAUCCGCUUGCCAAAAUCAGCACCAUGGAGGCCGUGGUGACCGAUUGUAUGCGCCAAGAUUCCCAGAUGGCCGUUCUCCCAUCGAGGUUUUUAGAGGCUGAAACGGCGUCUGAUCAGACAAGCACGGAUCUUUCCAUCGAAUCAGCUGCAAACUCUGUCAACAAGCAGUUACCAUGCCUAAAUAAGACGGAUGCAGCAACGAGCAGCGGAUCAACAGAGGAUAGAGACUGCAUAAAAAGUGAAUCGGCAGACGGCCAGGUCGGGGUGAGCACGAUGAAGAAAGAAGUGGAGAGGGAGGCUGAUGCCGCUCAGGACACCUUUCACCAAGAAGCAGACACUGAGUCGCACUCCACGCCUGAUAUCCCCACUUCCAAGGAACAGGUCCAACUUGCCAUGAUCACUGAAGCGACCAUUGAAAACUCUUCUCUUCCAAAGCCAGAUUCGGGGAAGGAAGUCGUGGACGCCCACGAUACAAGAGGCGACAAUGAGGCCGAGAACCUCUUCUUUAGUCUGUAUCCUGAGUACCACCCAGGUGAACCUGAGGAAAAUGAUUCUCGGAGUCCUUGUGAUGUGGCACAGGACAUUGAGGACAGCGUGGAUGUUGCCUCUCAGAAGGUCAAUGAUCAAGACGGACAAGAACAUCCUAAAGACUUCCAAGAGAUCUGCGAUGCAUCACAAACUGCCAACCUCGCUCAGGACUCCUCCAGUGAUGAUUCACCAACCAGUGUUGUGGAUCCUGUGGCAACUUCCACCCCUGAGAUCGUGCCUAGGACAAUUCUACACAAAUCUGACAGCUUUCACCGUGACUUGCAUCAGCUUGAAUCUUCUGCGUCCUGUCAAGGAGGGCUGGAGGAAGCCGGGGCGGAGGCGGGGCAAGACGCAUUAGAAUUGGAGAGCAGACUUGAAAGCGAGCGGGCCCGACAGACACUGGUGGGUAAGGCGCGUGAGUGGAUCAAAGGCGUGGCUAGAAUGGGCGCUACAAAAAGAGUAGACUCUUCCUAUGGGAAUCAGCCCAUUUUGGAAGCCACGGAAGACACUUGCUCCCAUUCAGUUGGAGAGACAGAUGAUGAUAAUGAGGUUUUCACGGUGCCCGCCGAUACUUUGGAUGGUAACUCCACUGAGGUACUCGCGGAACUUGAAUCAAGUGAGGAUGUGAAGGUUUUCGACAUGCCAAAAGAGGAUCAAGAGGCUUGCUUCACUCCUGAUGAAGAUGAAAACGACAUCCCUGAGUCUGGCACAAAUUUAAGUACUCAGCAGAUACCCCAGGGAAAUACGGGCCUUCAGUCAUCCUCCACGUGGGAUUCGUGGAGAUGUUCCCCUCCUGACAGAGGCGUGCUGGAGGAUGAUGCACGUGUCCAAGAUGCAAAAGAAUCAUCUACUCUGGACAUACAUACAAAAGCUACUGCUGAAGUGAGUGAAGACCUGAAUUUUGAUGAAGAAGGCAGCCACUCAACCGGCGAGGACUGGAACGCCACUCAGCAGAACAUCACGCAACUCUCCCCAGGCGUAGGAGAUGUAAUAGAUCACUACCCGCCAGAGGAAAAGGUACACUAUUCCUCACCUGCUAAUGAGGAGCAGGAUUACUUCACGCCUGGCAUGGACGUGGAAGAUAAUUUAAAGGCUAUUCACGACGGGAAUAUCUACCUGCAGCCACCAGCUACUCAGACACUGCAAGCUUGUUACCCUCUGCCGGAUCCCGUGGUCUUCCCCUCAGCCUUUGAAGACUCUUACGAUGGUCCCACACCUGCUGACUAUCACACGCCUUAUCCCAAACCUAUACAUGACUCAGGUCUUCAUGAAACACCUGAAGAGGAGGUGAGCACUCCUUAUACACCCGUUGAAGAGCUUAAAAUUAUCUGUUCAUCCGUUGAGCUCCUCCAGGCUCAGUACACACAUGAAAAGGGCUCUGCAAUUCAUGACUUACUUGCUAAGAGGCUGCAAACUCACCACACACCUGAAGAUGAGAGCAUAAUUCAUGACAGCCCUGCAAAAGAACAAGAGGCUUACAACACACCUGACAAUAAAGAUAUGGAACAAAAUUACACACCUGCAAAUACGGAGACAUGCUAUACAUUUAGCGAGGAAUACAGCUCUUACCACACACCUGCAGAGAAACAAGGUACCUGUAUAUAUAUAGGAGGAAUGAACUAUGAUAACACACCAACGAAAGGAUCUACUACCUACAAACCUGCUGAGGAAAAAGACGGUGAUUACAUAUCAAAAGAAGAAGAGGAAGAAGCUCAGUUGUCUCAUUACACACCUGCAGAAGAACAAGAAAAUUUGAACACACCAGAAAGAGAAGAGUCAGUGCAUCAUUACGCACGUGUGGAAGGAGAAAAGUUUCAACACGUAUCUGAAGAAGAAGAAGAAGAAAAGGGUUAUCACACACCUGCUGAGGAGCACUGGACACAUUACACACCUGCAGAUGAGCAGUACACUUGUUGCACACCUACCGAUGAGAUUAAUGGAUUUUCCACAUCUGCUGAGGACGGAGAGGCCAUCCACACACCUGUAAAUGAGCCAAAUGCCUAUUACGAAACUGCAGAAGAGGAUAUAAUUCAUUGCGAACCUGAUGAGGAGAGCUUUGCACGUGAUGAAGAGCAGGAGAGUCACAACACACCGCACAUAACACACAGCACUGAUAAAGAGGCUGGUACAGAGUCAAAUGUCAUUAACGAACCUACGGAGGCGAACCUACUUCAUUCCACUUCUGAUAAUAAACUGUCCACACCUGCUGAGAGAGAUGAAGAUGCACACACUCCUAGCAACGACUAUAACACACCUGACACAUGUGCUCCUGACGAGGGCGUGACUCUUGACACACGUGACACUGACCUUGAAUCACAUUACAUACCUGACAGUCACCUUGAGACCCGACAGGAGGAGAAAGAAGAGGAGAAGGAGGAGGAGGAAGAGGAGGAGGAGAAAGAAAAUGAGGAGAAAGGAGAGAAUAUAGCAGAAAAGAGGGUGGAAGAUGAAGACAACAAAGAUGAAGAAGGAAGAGAUGAUUACUUUGAGAUGAAUAGGGAGAGAACUGAAAGUGAGAGAGGAGAGAAAGAUAGUGAGGGAGAGGAAAAAAAUGAUAGUGAGAAGGAGGAAAGGAAAAACAGGGGGAGAGAAGGGAGAAAAGAUAGCGAAAGAGAAGAAAGAGCCGAUAUGGAGAAGAGGAGACCGAGUGAUUGGGAAUGGAGGAAGAACAGUGGAGGCGAGGAGAGGAGGAACAGUGAUUGGGAGAAGAGGAGGAAUGAGAGGAAAAGGAAGGAGUCUAAGGAGGGAAAGAAACAAAGUGAGACAGAAGGAAGCACUGAGGAACACACAGCAACACAGGCAGCCUCUGCCACGGGUGAGGCUGCAGGCGUACUUGGCGCUCCCGUGACGAGUGGAGCACAGUCUGCUGCCGCUACACUUGAUUCCCAUACAGCUAGUGAGGAUGUGGGCGCCUCUAGGCUCACAGUGCUCUCGAAUCCUUCAGAAGGAGUCAUUUCUGACCACACAGAUGUUCCUCAGCGCGGGUUUCGCGGAGGAAGGGAGAAAAACAACAGAGAACUCAAAUCCCAUCAGAAACACGGCAAGGCCAGACACCAGCAUACAAGUACCGACAAUGGUGACGCCGGUGGCAAAGCCUCGGUCGGAGAUGAGUAUGCAGAAGAUGCCAAAAGAGAAGACAAGAGCGCGAACAAGAGAAGGCGAAACCGACGAAACAAAGGGAAAUAUCACGGGGAGCAGGAAACAGGUAUUACUCAUCCACAAUCGGCCACUGGACGCGACUGGACUCCAUCGCGGAAUGCAGAAGCAAAAUUUUUCUCUCACGGUGGCUCCUGGGAAAUGGAAGUCUCUCAUGAGAGAGAUAUUCAUUACCAAAAUAAGGAAUAUCACUCACAGCGACAAGAAUCCUGCUCUCCAAGGGAAAACUUCCCAAGGGAAAAUUCUGGUACCUCUGCUUUCUUUCAAAAGCCAACGGUUCCCCACCAGGGGGAUAUUGUUGCCACUUCAGGAUCCUGCAAGAGAUCAAAUAAGAAUGUCCCAUAUCAGAAAAAGCAACAACAAGCAAACUACAAGGACAAGUUUUCUGAAUGCCAAAGAGAAAGUUACCGGCGUGUUGAGAGGCUUUCUGAGGAGCAAAAGGCUGAGGGGGCAGGGGAAUUUGCUGUGCCAGGGUCACUAGGCUCACCCGGCAGCACGGGAUAUCAGAAUGGCGAAAGAAGGCGAAACAAAGGGAAUGAGAAGGGUUCCCGAAGAUGCGAAUAUGGAGAAGAUAUCCUUCAAGAAAAGUUCGCUCCGGAAGGAGGAGAGAGUGUUGAGAAGCCUCCUCUAGCGAAAAUCUGGAGCCCCAGAAUCGAACGGAAGGAUAAGAAGGACAGUAGAAAAGAAAGAAGAGAGAGGAAGGUCUUCGAUAAAUAUGGAGAAGAAUUAAAGAAAGGAGUAAGCGGGACGCCAGGGAGAGGUAGCGCCUCGCACUCACGCCCACCACUCCUGGAAACUCCUGUGGAGGGAGUUACUCCUUCCGGGGCACAAAAAAGAGAAGUGAAGCCUUCGUCUGGCUCAUUGUUGGGUUCACCACCACCACCACCACCACCAUCCUGCACCACGACAAAGCUGAGAUACCCAGAGGCACUCUCACAGCCUCUCUCACCGCCACCAUCCCCGCCGCUGAACAAAGCUCGUGAGAUGAAAGAGAAAACCAAACCUACUUCAGGUGAGAUGGAAAAAAUCAAGGAAGCUUACCUUACUUCUGACCCUCCGUCUUAUGCCAGAAAGGCAGCAUCUCAAUCUGUCAUGUACACAAUACCUGAAACAGCGCCUGUUUCGCCCCAGCAGACUGAGAAAGGCGCGCCAAACCCGCAGAGCAGCAAAUUAAGUCAGGAUCGGCCACAGUGCACUCCGAAAUCUUCCUCCCAUAAAGACACAUCAGAGCAUCAAGCGCCUGACCAGACAAAGAGUCCAGUAAGUCAAGACGGAAAACAAACUCGAGGUUCCUCGUGUAAGAGUCCUCCUCCACCCUCCUGCCACGCCUCCCACUCACCCAAACAGCAAUCCACUUCGUCUACUGUUGACCCACAGACUUCACACGAGAAAUUGACAUCAGCUUCUCAUUCUUCUUUUCCACCUCUCGCGUCUCCCCCACCCUCACAACAAGAGUCGUUCAGAGAUUUUGUUGGCACACCAAUCUCGAAGUCUCCCUUGAAGCUGAAGCCAGAAAUUGACACAUCGCAGAAAACAGACGCCGCAGAGGAGGAAAUAUCAACAGGGAAACCUAACGCAGGAAGUGAGAAGCCACCUGGUUCACCAGGAAGGCUCAGUGUAGCUCAAAGGAUGAAGUUUCCUGAAUUGCAAAUAAGUGCCAUAGAAACAAAAGCAGAAGAGAGUCACACAGAUGCAGUGUCCCGUAAGACAGACGUGCCACAAGCAAGCUCCACCAUGGCAGCUAAACUCUCAGCAGAAUCAAAGGAAGAUGAUGCUGGCUCUGCUUCACCCAGGCACGCAUCACCCUUUGCAAGGACUAUUUCCACACAGAAAAUCGUCUCCAAGUUGCCCAGAGGAUCAGAGGCAUCUCCCCAGUCUCCUUCUCCUUCCCACUUGACCUCCAGUUCUUCCUCUUGCACCGACAGAAUAGAAUCUGAUGCUCUCCAAACAUCUGACAAAUCGCUUCAAGAGGCAGUUUCGUCUCCACGACUGCGACAAUCAGACAUAGAGUUUGCAGCAUCAGAGUCUCUCAGUGAUUCCAAGUCUUGUGAGGGAGGACCUUCUGAGCCACAGUCCCCAAGUCAACUAGCUAAAGAGGACUGGACUGCCAGCGCAUCUAAGCAGUCACAGCAAGGACACUCGUCUUCCCAGGAAGGCUUCCCGCAAAAGGAAGGAUCGAUGCCUCGCUCACGUGACACCAAGGUGAUGAAAAAAAAGAGGCGACGUUAACUUGUUUCUCGCACAAUGAAAGAAAACAAUGUUCAUAUCCAUGAGGGAGACACCACAGAGUGCAGCAACUACUACUAAUAUUAUUGUUGUUGUUGCUUACGUUUCCACAAUCACAAUUCUUUUUGUCACGAAAUUCUGACAACUUUUAGCAUGACAUUUAUUUUGUAGACGAAUAUAUACAUUGUAUCAAGUCACUUAGAGAACAAUAAGGACAUAACGCUGAUGCCAAUGACAUAAUUGAUGUGUAAAAUUGGCCAUAUGAUGAUACUUUUUAAGAGACUGCUUUAUUACCGUUUCAUAAUCAUUAAAAGUUCUUAGCAAAACGUUCCAUUAUGAAUGACUCAUUUAGUUUUGGAGAUGUCUUGACGCUCUUCUUUUUGAAAUAGUUUGUCUUCAAAUUAUAAGACAAAAGCAAUUGUAAUCAUGUUGCUUGCAUAUGUGUCAAAGGUUUGUUUAUCAUCAUACACGUCUGUUUUUCUUUCAAAAAAAUGUAUUGUUUUCUGGAUGCAUGUAUGUCUAUUUGCCAUUCAAUAAAAUGAUAUCCAGCA